CCGUCAUACAUUGUAUUCUCGUCAAUUCGUUUUCCGGAGUUCCAGGUCUAUUCUGUUGAUAUUGUUCUGGAAAUGUUCAUCGAAGAAGGAAACCACCGUGGUAGCACAAAGGUUAAGUUGGAACAGGUUCCAGCGUUCUUAGUCAACGCGUUCAACUUCAUCAACAUUCAUGGAAUGGAGAUGGAAGGAUUGUUCCGUCGAGAAGGCAAUAUAAUUCGCUUGAACCAAAAUAAUUAUGUAGGUUCUCCCAUUCCCUCCUCAGACUUUACCGUCCAUGACGUGUGCUCGAUGGUAAAGCGGUUUUUCCGUGAUCUAAAGGAGCCUUUGUUGUCGCACCCAUUGCUUCGUGAGAACCUAAUGAAUCUUGCGAAGAAAAGCGAUACUAAAGAGAUAACGAGACAGGAAUUCUGUACCGUUUUUGAGCCGGCUUUCAAGGGUACCCUUGGCUAUUUGAUGAGGCAAUUGCAUCGGGUUGGUGUUUCGAUUGUGUUAAUUAUCAUGUCCAGGAAUCUACUUUUCGCAGCCAAUAGCCAACUCUACUGUUCCAAUUCAUUCUGUCUUCAGCUAACCGUUUUCAGUGUAUUCCGUUGUUUUUCAUUUAUUAACAGACGUGUUUGA